AUGGGGGCUAUUUUACAACAGCAAGGGCAUUCAAUAGCUCAUAUUUCUAAAGCAUUUGGCCCUAGAAGUCGAGCCUUAUCAGUUUAUGACAAGGAACUUUUGGCCAUUACUUUUGGUGUCGGGAAGUGGAUACAUUACCUUGAGCAAGGUCAAUUUUUCAUUAAAACUGACCAUGAGAGUAUUAAGUACCUUCUAAAGCAAAGGUUUCACACUAAUUUGCAGCAAAAGGGUAUUUCUAAGUUGUUUGGUUUUGACUAUAAAAUUUUGUAUUGGAAGGGCAUUGAAAAUAAAGUGAUAGAUGCAUUAUCAAGGAAGCCUGAGGAUGAGUAUUCAAGGCAUUAUUGUACUGUUACGCAUUCAGUAGCAUUACCUGUUUGGACGCAAAAUGUGGUGACAGAGUUAUCAUGGAGAUGGGAAGGUGUUCAUGCCACCAAUAUGAAGCUCAUAAGGUAUUUUUUCUGGAAUGGAAUGUUGCAAGAUGUGAUGAAAUGGGUGAGGAAAUGUGAGACUUGUGCAAGGUGUAAAGCAGAAUAUUGUGUUUAUCCAAGAUUUACCAAAUCUGCAUGUCUUUACCUAUGGGUUGCAACAAUAGCUCAACUUUUCUUGGAUAAUGUUUUCAAGUUACAUGGAGUUCCUCAAAUUACUGUUUCGGGUAGGGACAGAAUUUUUACUAGUAAUUUUUGUCAAGAAUUAUUCAAGAAAAUGGGAGUGAAUCUUGCUUUUAGUUCAGUUUAUCACCCUCAGUCGGAUGGUCAAAAUGAGAGGGUGAAUCAACGUUUAGAAGGAUAUUUGAGUGCCAUUAAGAUGUCCCCAUUUGAGGCAUUUUAUGGUUAUGUGCCACCACUUUUUCCCUCUGGAUUUGCUGAAGAAUCAUCUGCGAAAUUGGGAGAUAGUGUUACUCCUGUUAGAGAGCUGCCUCAGUACCAUGAAGAUAAGUUGGUUGUUGCUCCUGAAGAGGCGUUGCAAACCAGAAGAUAUCUGAAUCUGAUAGGGAUAGAUGAAAGGAAGUGGCCCAAGCCCAAGGUUCUGGAAUUGAGGCAGAAUUCUCUAGAAGAUCAGCUAAAGUUUUGUGGGCACAAUGGUCAGGAAGAGAGAAAUGCAAAGGUGCCAGCUACUGUAACAGAAUCACAUGUGAUAUGUGCAAACAGAAGCAGGGGAGAGUCUAUAAAUAAAGAAGAGAAGAACGAAGAGAGCAUCUAG